ACCCAAUAAAGAGAGAAGAGUAGUGGGAGUCUCCUGUUUGAGGAGAAAACAGAGUAAAAAGAGAGAAAAUGGGGUGAAACUGUAAUGUAUGCAGCUGGAGUUUUCCAAUCAUAGCUGCUUGAUCAGAACCCCAUUUCCAGUUUUUCAUUCCUUUGGCAUGUACUUGAUCCAAACGGAGCAGAAAGAAUCAGUCUUUUCAGUCUCUAUUGAAACUCAUUUGCUUUACAUGUGAAAGCUGUUGUGUGUACCCUUGAAUGGUAGCUUUGCAUUGUCUAUCAGAACCCACCACUGAAAUCAUUCAUUAAGGUUCACUUGUUGAUUGGAAAUCCAGCACCGGCUGUCACUCAAUCUUCUGGCAGGAGUGAGAUAUACAGAACUGUAAAGCCUCCUUUGGAAUAUUGAGCGGUGGAAGUUCAUUGAGCUGAUAAUCUGGCCUGGAUCCAUUAUCUGGGGGUUUAUUACUGGUACAAGGAUCAGGCCUUUCCCAAGUCAAAACCAGUUCUGUUGUUGUGCUGCGCUGGAGUCAUGGCAACCCUGUUACAUUCUGAGUCCAGACGCUUAUAUUCUUGGUGGUGGGACAGUCAUAUUAGCCCAAAGAAUUCAAAAUGGCUUCAGGAAAAUCUUACAGACAUGGAUGCCAAAGUCAAAGCAAUGAUCAAGCUCAUUGAAGAAGAUGCAGAUUCUUUUGCAAGGAGGGCAGAAAUGUACUACAAAAAACGCCCAGAGCUCAUGAAACUGGUUGAGGAAUUCUAUCGAGCUUAUCGUGCGUUAGCAGAGAGGUAUGAUCAUGCAACUGUGGAGCUGCGCCAGGCUCAUCGAACCAUGGCAGAAGCAUUUCCCAACCAAGUACCUUAUGUAUUGGCAGAUGAAUCACCCUCAGGCUCUUCUGGCCCAGACGUUGAACCUCAUACACCUGAAAUUCCACAUCCAGUUCGUGCCUUAUUUGACGCAGAUGACUUGCAUAAGGAUGCACUGGGACUCUCAUCAACUAACUUACAAGCUUUGAAAAGGGGUUCAGUAGACUCUGAAUCAGGAAUAAGCAAAAGAGGUCUGAAACAGGUCAAUGAGAUGUUCAAUCCAGGAGAAGUGCCAAAUAAUUUAAAGGUUGCAGAGGGAAGGAUGGGAGAAGGCUUAAGUUUCCAAGAAGCAGAAGAGAGCAAACAAAAGUUGCAAAGUGGGUACUCUCAGUUAACAAGUGAGAACCAGAGUCUCAAGACCCAGGUUCUUUCUCAAUCUGAGCGUGCUGCAAAAGCUGAAACUGAAGUUCAAACCUUAAAGAAAACUCUACAUGAGAUACAAGCUGAAAAAGACGCAGUCCUUCUUCAGUACGAGCAGAGUUUGGAGAAGUUAUCUAAACUGGGGAGAGAACUAAAUGAUGCACAAAUGGCUGUUGGAGGGCUCGAUGAACGAGUGAGCAAAGCUGAUAUUGAAACUACAAUAUUGAAGGAAACUCUUGUGGAAUUAGAAGCGGAGAGGGAUGCUGGUCUUCUUCAGUACAAUCGUUGUUUGGAAAGGAUAUCUAGCCUGGAGAGCAUGUUAUCUUUUGCCCAAAGGGACGCAAAAGGACUUAAUGAGCGAGCUAUUAAAGCAGAAACUGAAGCUCAAAAUCUCAAGCAAGAACUUUCUACACUAGAGGCUGAAAAGGAAGGUUUUUUUCUUCAGUACAAGCAAUGUCUUGAGCAGAUAUCUGUUCUGGAGACUAAAAUCUCAGUUUCUGAGGAAAAUUCCAGAAUGCUUAAUGAACAAAUUGAAAGAGCUGAAGGUGAAAUCAAAUCUCUGAAGGAAUCUCUGGCUAUACUGAAGGAAGAGAAAGAAGCUGCAGCUCUUCAAUACAAGCAGUGCAUGGAUACAAUUUCUAAGAUGGAAAGUGAAAUUUCUCAUGCUCAAGCAGAUGCUGAACGACUGAAAAGCGAAAUUUUGACAGGGGCAGCAAACUUAAAGAGUGCCGAAGAACAAUGCGUUCUCUUGGAGAGAUCAAAUCAGUCUCUGCGGUUAGAGGCGGACAGUCUGCUGAAGAAGAUUACAAGUAAAGAUCAAGAACUUUCAGAGAAGAAUGAAGAGAUGGAGAAAUUUCAGAUUUUGAUGCAAGAGGAGCACUUGCGGUUUGUGCAAGCUGAAGCCACUCUCCAAGCUCUAAAGAAGUUGCACUCCCAAUCUCAAGAGGCACAGAAAGCUUUAGCACUGGAGUUCAAAAAUGGCCUUCAAAUGUUGAAGGAAUUGGAGAUACGCAAACAAGGUAUGGAGGAUGAUAUCCAGCAGGUUAAGGAGGAAAAUAAGAGCUUAAGUGAAUUGAAUUUUUCUUGCACUAUCUCGAUAAAGAAUCUUCAAGAUGAAAUAUUUAACAUCAAAGAGAUGAAAGAGAAACUUGAACAGGAGGUUGCGCUAAAAUCAGACCAAAGCAAUGCCCUCCAGCAACAUAUAUUCGAUUUGGAGGAGGAAAUUAAGGGAUUGAACAGAAGAUACCAUGCUAUGGUGGAGCAGGUGGAAUCAGCAGGUUUAAAUCCUGAAUGCUUUGAGUCAUCUGUGAAAGACUUGCAAAAUGAAAAGGCAAAGCUAAAAGAUAUCUGCACAAGGGACAGAGAAGAGAGAGAACUUCUUUAUGAGAAAUUGAAGGAUAUGGGUAAACUUUCAAAGGAGAAUGCCGUUCUGGAGAGUUCGCUGUUGGGGUUGAAUGGUGAGUUGGAGGGUUUGAGAGAGAAGGUCAAAGAAUUGCAAGAGUCUUGCCAGUUUCUCCAGGGAGAAAAAUCCAUUCUUGUUGCUGAGAAAGCUAUCCUGCUUUCUCAGUUACAAAUUAUCACUCAGAAUAUGCAGAAGCUUUUUGAGAAGAACACCUUGCUGGAAAAUUCCCUCUCUGGGGCAAAUAUUGAGCUUGAACGGUUGAGAGCAAGAUCAAAGAGCUUGGAAGAGUUGUGCCAGUUACUCAAUAAUGAGAAGUGCAAUCUUCUUAAUGAGAGAGGCACCCUUGUAUUUCAGUUAAAAGAUGUUGAACAGAGACUGCGAAACCUGGAAAAGCGGUUCACAAAAUUAGAGAAAAAAUAUUCUAAGCUGGAGAAGGAGAAAGGCUCCACACUUAAUGUUGUAGAGGAACUAUGGGGUUCCCUUCAUGCAGAAAAACGAGAGCGUGCAAGUUAUAUACGGUCAAGUGAGGCUCGGUUAGCAGGUUUGGAAAACAAUUUCCAUGUCAUGCAGGAAGAAAGAAGGCUGGGAAAGAAAGAAUUUGAAGAAGAACUAGAUAAAGCUCUAAAUGCCCAGAUUGAGAUCUUUGUCCUUCAGAAGUUUAUAGAAGAUCUGGAAGAGAAGAAUUUUUCAUUAUUAAUUGAGAGUCAGAGACAUGUUGAGGCAUCCAAAUUUUCUGAUAAGCUGAUCGCAGAAUUGGAGAAUGAAAAUCUUGAGCUACAGGUGGAAGAAGAAUUCUUGGUGGGAGAAAUCGAAAAGUUAAGGCUGGGAAUUCGUCAAGUGUUCAGGGCUCUUCAAACUGAACCAGAUAGCCAUGAAAAUAAGAGUGCACAAGACCAAGUACCUGUGCUGCACAUUUUGAAUACUAUUAAGGACUUGAAAACUUCUUUGUUUAGGAGCAAGGAUGAGGAACAACAGUUGCUGGUUGAGAAGUCAGUGCUCCUAACUUUACUUGAGGAGAUGAGAUUAGAGGGUGCAGAUAUAGAAUUAGCAAAACAACUCUUCGAGCACGAGUAUGAGAUUAUCGUAGACCGUUGUUCUACGCUACAAAAAGAGAAGCAUGAGCUUCUAGAGAUGACAAGGCAGCUGAGGUUGGAAGUCACCAGGAAAGAGCACAAGGAGGAAACAUUAGAGGCUCAAUUGCAAACGCUUCAAGCUAAGCUGGAAAAUUUUCAGGAUGCUUAUGUGGUUUUGCACAAUGAGAACUCCAAGGUGCUUGAAGAGAGAAGAUCUUUGCUUAAGAAAGUUUUGGACCUGAAAGAGGAAAAGCAAAUGCUUGAAGAGGAGAAUAGUGUUAAUUUCCAUGAAGCACUAGCUUUCAGCAACCUCUCUUUGGUUUUAGAGAGCUUCACAAUUGAAAAAGCUGCGGAACUAAAGGCACUUGCUGAAGAUCUCAACACCCUCUUUGUAAUUAACAAUGACCUUAUAGAGGCUGUUGGAAUAUUGGGGGAGAAUUUAGUGAUGAAAGAAGUAGAAAAUCUACAUCUGAAUGAGACGGUCCACUUGUUGGACAAAGAACUGAGUGAAGCCAACGACUUAAAUGGUCAACUAAGCUAUCAAAUUGCAGUUGGAAGGGAUUAUCUGAAACAGAAAACCAUGAAGCUCUCAGAGGCAGAAGAGAAGCUUGAAAAGACAGAGGAAUUGAAUCUGCAAUUAUGUAGAACAUUUCAGGAACUGAAGAUGGAAUAUGAAGAAUCAAAAAUUGUGAGAGAAAAUUGUGAGAAGCAGAUUCUUGAACUAUCUGAAGGUAGCACAAAUCAGAAAAAGGAAAUCGUUGGCCUUCGUGAAGCGAAUGAAAUUCUGGAGAAUGAAAUCUUGUGUAAAGCAAUUGAAAAAGAAAUAGAAAAUCUACAUCUGAAUGAGACAGUCCAAUUGUUGGACAAGGAUCUGUGUGAAGCCAAGGACUCAAAAGCUCAGCUAAGCCAUCAAAUAUUAGCUGGAAUGAAUUCUCUGAAACAGAAAACCAUGGAGCUCUCAGAAGUUGAAGAGAAGCUUAGAAAGACUGGGGACUUGAAUGUGGAAUUGUGCAGAACCGUUCAGGAACUGAGGAUGGAAAAUGAAGAUUCAAAACUACUGAGAGAAAAUUGUGAGAAGCAGAUUCUGGAACUAUCGAAAGAUAACUCAAAUCAGAAAAAUGAAAUUGAUAGCCUUCACAAAGCAAAUGGAACUCUGGAGAUUGAAGUGGGCAUCUUAAGUGAAGUAAUUGAAGAACAUAGAAUUAGAGAAGAGAAUUUGAAUUCAGAGCUGCAAGAAAGAAGCAAUGACUUUGAACUCUGGGAGGCUGAGGCUGCAACAUUCUAUUUUGAUUUUCAAGUUUCUGCUGUCCGUGAAGUUUUUCUUGAAAAUAAAGUUAAUGAGCUUUCUGAAGUUUGUGAGAGUCUUAAAGAUGAAAGUGCUACAAAAGGUGUGGAGGUUGAACAAAUGAAAGAAAGAGUUAGCUCCUUGGAAGGUGAAGUUGGAGGACUGAUGGCCCAGCUGUCUGCAUAUGUUCCUGUUGUAGCCUCAUUGAGAGAGAAUGUAGCAUCUCUUCAGCACAAUGCCGUUCUUAGAACAAAGCUUCUUGUGGAAAGCAAUCAACAAUAUAAGGAUAUUGAACCACAAAAUUAUCUACAUCAAAAGAGCUGUCAGGAUUCCAGAGAAGAUCGAAGCACAUUGAUACCAGACGGAAUUUCAGAAUUGGAAAAAAUGCAGACUAUGAUCAAAGAAGUUGAAAAGGUGUUUGUAGAAGAAAUGGAAAGGCUUGCAAUUGAAGCAGUUGAAAAGGCAAUGGUGGAAGAAAUGGAAAGGCUUGCAACUCAGGAAAGUACAAAAAACAGCAACAUCAAAGUGGAGGUUUCUGUGGAGAUCGAAGAGCUAAAAUUGAAAGGUACCUCACUUCAAGGAAAAGGCAGUAAAAGUGAAGAGCUGAAACUUGUGAAUGAGUUUACUGAUGAAAAUCUCAAGUUGCAGAGGAUGAAAUCUGAUAAUGGGACUUCGAUGAAAGAUAUUCCACUUGAUCAUGUUUCAGAUUGUUCAUUUUAUGGAAGAAGCAGGAGAGAGAAUGGUGGGGCGGAUGAUCAAAUGCUUGAGUUAUGGGAAACUGCUGAACAACACUGCCGUCAGGAUCCAGUGACCAGUGAGAUAGAAAAUCAGAAAUCUGCACCAAGGGAAGAUGUGGCUUACCAUCGGUUUGCAGAUUCGCAGCAGAUCAUUCAAAAUUCUUCUUCGGAAGUUCAGGUUGAGAAGGAGUUGGGCAUUGACAAGCUGGAGGUGUCCCUUGAUAUUCAAGGGCCGAGUCAUGAAGGCAAGAAGGAAAAGAUAUUGGAGAGACUUGCUUCUGAUGCUCAGAAACUGACAAGUCUGCAAACAAUUGCUCAAGAUUUGAAUAAGAAGAUGGAGACAAACAAGAAGGGUAGAAAGGCAAAUGGCACUGAAUAUGAAACAGUCAAGACACACUUGCAUGAAGUUGAGGAGGCAGUUGUGCAGCUAGCAGAAAUAAAUGAUCAAUUGAAAAAGAAUAUCGAAGAGUCUCCGUUGAACGAGCAGACGUCCAUGGAGUUGGAGGAGGCUGGAAAUGUCCGGAGAGAGAGAAUACUCGAACAGGCAAGUAAAGGGUCUGAGAAGAUUGGAAGGUUGCAGUUUGAGUUACAGAACAUUCACUAUAUUUUGCUGAAAUUGGAGGAUGAAAACAAAAACAAAGGGAGGAACGGAUUUUACGUAAGUAGAACAGGUGUUCUCCUGAAGGAUUUUAUUUACAGUGGCAGAAGUAGUGAGAGGCGCAAGAAGGCUCGUGUGUGUGGGUGUAUGAGACCCUCCACAAAUGGAGACUGAGGAAGUAACCACUUUAGAGGGAAGCAUAUUUUAUUGGCUUUUAAGUUUUCAUUCCAUGAAAUGGUCCUAAUAUUAUUACCUUAAGCGAAUCAUUUCCUGGAUUAGUUGGUGAAAACUGAACUGUAUUAGCUCAGAUUCUCUGUAAGAUUUAGGCUUGAUCUAAUCAAAAUAAGAUGCUUCCUUCUGCUUUUCAUCUCAUAAUAAACUGGAGAAACUCAAAAUAAUACAAGCUUCUUUUUUUUCUUCAA